AUGACCCUCCUAGACGGGUCCCUGCACGUGUCUUCGACAAAUGACGACUUUGUCGAGCGCGCGGCGAAGCUGGCAGCCGGCUUUCGUGACACUGGCGUCGUAAUCUGGGUCCAGACAGUCUUUGAGAAGCCUAGGCAGUUCGUGGAGGGCCAGCAGAUCAUAACGAGGGAUGUCCCUCUUCCGCCGUCUGCUGCAGUCACCAUAAAGCCCGGGAAAGAUUCCGACAUUGAUGUUGAGGCCUUCCUUAGCACAACCCCCAUCACAUGUGUGCAGAAGGGAACCCCUGGUUGGCAACUGGCCUCGCCGUUGAAGAAAGUCGUCGAUCCGAGAAAGGACGUGCUUCUCAUGAAGACACAGUACUCUGCCUUUAAUGGCACUAGGCUUCUUCAGAUAUUGCGCUCGAGACUGGUCACGACCCUGUACGUGUGCGGCUCACUUAUCAAUGUUGGUGUUCAUGCCACGACUGUUGACGCCGCUGCUCAUGGCUACUCUAUCACUCUCGUACGAGACUGCUGUGGCUGGUCAAACAAGGAAAGACGAGAAGCCGCACUCUCCAACCUGGAAGAAGUGAGUGGCUGUGAUAUCGUCAAGGCUCGGUCGGUCGUGGCAACUCUCGGCGAGCCAGAUGAUAGUGACGAUGAAAGGGAGAGACAAAAGAAGAAGGAUGCAGAACAGAAGGCUGAGAAGGCAAGGAUAAAGGCAGCAAGGCGAGACCGUGGCAAGAAAGACGAGGACGACAACGUAAAGAAGGAUACCAAGGGGGCCGGAGACCCGAAACCAAUUGAAGCUAAGAGCGAGACGGCGAGCAAACCUCCAGUCACGGCUCCUCAAGAACCCAGCGGUGCCAAAGAGCCCUCGAAACCUCGCCCGCGCCCGUCCGAGAGCGGCGCAUCGAGCAAGCUUCUCGAACUACAACAGAAAUACGCCCGCACGCGGUCAAUACAACCGCGUACCCUUGCUGGGAGCGAAUCGUUGAGUUUAGAGGUUGAUUCGGACCUGGAGGCAGCAAGCGACGACGGCGACGACAGCGACGGCGAACUGCGUCGGAACCUCGAGAGAAUUGUCGCAUCGAGAAGUCGGACCACCGGCGGCGCGCGGUCGAGAGAGGCGGUCGAAGGCGUCAGGCGAAUAACAAGGGACGUCAAAGCUUUGAGGUUGUCAUCACCCGCCCGCUCCCCGCCCCGAGACCGAAUCGCCACCCCCGCCAAGUCUACCACGGCUGAAGAGAUGCCCGCCGCCCAAAUAAAAUCAGACGAUGCGCCUUCUAACCCGCCCGAGGCAAAGGAGGCCGUGAAGAGCCAUGCCGAGGCGGUGCCGGAAGACCGCGGCGACGCGACCGAAAGCGCCCCCAAGGAGUCGGAGCCUCUCUGCGAGGGCGACACCAAAGUCAUCUACAAUGUUCUACCCUCGGAGUUAGAAGAGGGCAUCUACGAGAAGCUCAAGGACGAAAUUGAUUGGAAGCGAAUGAGCCAUCUGGGCGGCGAAGUGCCCCGCUUGGUCGCGGUCCAGGGCCACGUGGAAGCCGACGGGAGCAUGCCCGUCUACCGCCAUCCCGCCGACGAGUCCCCCCUUGAAGCCCUUUUCUCCUACCGUGCUUCGUCUGAAAGAAGAGACUACAUUUCAGAGCACAGCGACAAGACUCUAGACAUUGUAAAAGGCUCCUACAUCGCCAACCUCAGCCUCGGCGCCGAGCGCACCAUGGUCUUCCGGACAAAGCGAGCGGAUAAAGAGCCCAAGCCUACCGCGGAGCCGGAUUCCGGUAGCGCUUCCCCUCCCACCAGCACCACCACCAUCACCCCCUCCUCGUCCUCCCCACCGCUGCAGCGCCAGAGCCAGCGCGCCCGCCUCCCGCACAAUUCUCUCUGCCGCAUGGGCCUCGCGACCAACGAGCGUUGGCUGCACGCCAUCAAGCAAGACAAGCGCCGCGAGGCCGAGAAGACGCCGGAAGAAAAGUCCUUUGGCGGCGGCAGGAUCUCCCUCACUUUCAGGAACAUCGGCACGUUUCUCGAUGCCGGCGAGACCCGCAUCUGGGGCCAGGGCGCCACGGCCAAGGCCAAGGAGGAUGCCCGCCCCGUCGUUAAUGGCGACGAGGCGGCGUCCGAAGCCUCGUGA